UGGGGUCUGCCCAGAUCGUCAUCGUCGUCGUGGUGGUCACGGUGAUGGUCGUGGUCGUCGUCUGCCUGCUGAACCACUACAGAGUCUCCACGAGGUCCUUCAUCCACCGCCCGGGCCAGAGCAGGAGGCAGGAGGACGGGCUGCAGCAGGAAGGGUGUCUGUGGCCUUCAGACAGCUCCGUGCCACGGCCAGGGGCCUCAGAGAUCAUGUAUGCCCCGAGGUCCAGGGACAGGUUCGCGGCCCCGUCCUUUAUCCAGAGGGAUCGGUUCAGCCGCUUCCAGCCCACCUACCCCUACGUGCAGCACGAGAUCGACCUUCCUCCCACCAUCUCCCUGUCCGACGGCGAGGAGCCACCUCCUUACCAGGGGCCCUGCACGCUGCAGCUCCGAGACCCCGAGCAGCAGAUGGAGCUCAACCGGGAGUCCGUGAGGGCCCCGCCCAACCGAACCAUAUUCGACAGCGAUUUGAUAGACGUUGCCAUGUACAGCGGGGGCCCGUGCCCGCCGAGCAGCAACUCGGGCAUCAGCGCAACCACCUGCAGCAGUAACGGGAGGAUGGAGGGACCGCCGCCCACGUACAGCGAGGUGAUGGGCCACCACCCGGGCACCUCUCUCCUCCACCAGCAGCGCAGCAGCGCACACAGGGGCAGCAGACUGCAGCUGCAGCAGAACAGUUCAGAGAGCACAAUCGUACCCCUCAAAGGCAAAGACAGGAAGCCCGGGAACCUGGUCUGAUUCCCUCCGACGUGCGCUUGAAUCGAGGAGGGAGAAACCACGGAGGGAAGAGGCCCAGGGGGCCCCUCCUGCGCAGCGUCGUUCAGUCUUACGUGGCACAGCUAAGUAAAACAAACGAGCAGGCGCGGCCUUUGCGUCUGAUUCCUUUCAGGGGAAUUGCAUGCAAACUAGACUGAAAAGACACAAACUUCCAUCUGGUCUGACCACGAACAGUGUUGAUUCGGGGACAGGGGUUGGGAUGGGGGAGUGGGCAGGGGAAACAGAAAGGGAUGCUUUGAAGAUAUCAUGAAAUAAAACCCACAGAGGUAUUUGAUUUAUUUAAUUCCGAAAGGAGACUUUGCAGAUAAAUGAGGCCAGAAUGGCCUGUUUUAUAGUUAACUGAAUAAAGAAGGAAGCAUUAUUCUAUAUUAUCAUGGGGAAGAAUCAGCCAGUUUGCUUUUUCUCCCAAGGUGUGGAACUUUUAUUUUGUUUUAAAAAUAUGAAUCAAAAUUCCUGUUUUGUGUGCCAAGGUAAAAAGUGGAGAAGUUAGACGAAUGCAAGGAGCUAAUUUGUGUUGUGAUGAUGUGUUUUGAAAGUUGCACUAUCUUAAUGUUUAAAAUAUAUAUGAGGGAACUGUUUUCCGUGAAGUUCUGUAUGUCGUCUUUUCACCUGUGGAUUAUUAUUAGGCCCAAGGAACAUCCUGGGGUGUACCCCAGAAUCAUACAAGAAAGAUAACUGGGGGUGCAGCCUAAUACUUACCAACUUACACAAAUCGAAAUAGUCAUUGUUGCAAGAAUUUGCCUCCAAUAGCAAUGCAUUGCUGAAGCAUUUGGAGACUUGUGGUUGGAAGAUAGGAAAUACUGAUAAGUUCCAGCAUUUCUGACUUGUUAUUUGAGUUACUCUGCUAGUUGUAGGCUGCAUAUUUUAUUAAAACUGAACCCGACACAUGUGUUUAUGUAUACCCAGUAUCAUGCAGUGCUGCCCUCAUCCUCCGGCAGUGCAGUUUCUUCAGUAAUUUAGAUUUUUUUUUUCACUGUAGCAUGAAAUUUAUUCAGAUACAUACCUUACUUUAUGCAAUAAAUUGUUUAAAAUGCAA